GCAACACGCUGGGUCGCCGGUAUAAAACAGCAGCGCCAGGUCCAGACAAAAGUCCACGUAGAGAGGAUUUGAAGUGGGAGUAACGCGAGGAGAGCGGAUCCAGAAAUGAAUCGAUUUACUAAAACCCACAUGACCUCAUCCAUGUACUUCCCAAGCAUGGAUACAGCCCCUUUCUUUAAGGUGACUGUGUUUGAGCAGGAGCAUUUCCAGGGCAAGUGUCUGGAGUUCACCUCCGAGUGCUGCAACAUCCACAACUGUGGCCUGGACAACAUCCGCUCCAUCCGAGUGGAGAGUGGAGCUUGGGUGGGAUUCGAGCACCACGACUUCCAGGGCCAGCAGUUCGUCCUGGAGAGGGGCGAGUACCCCAACUGGGAGGCCUACAGUGGCUCCUUGUCCUACCACAACGAGCGCUUCAUGUCCCUUCGUCCCAUCUACUGCGCUUCUCACCACAGCAGUCGUAUGAUGAUCUUCGAGGGGGAGAACUUCACGGGCCGCAGCACGGAGCUGUGCGAUGACUACCCCUCCCUGAGGGCCAUGGGCUGGUUCACGCCGGAGGUGGGCUCCAUGCACGUGCAGUGUGGCGCCUUUGUGUGCUAUGAGUACCCGGGCUACAGAGGCCAGCAGUACAUCAUGGAGUGCCAGAGGCACAGCGGAGACUACCAGCACUGGAGGAACUGGGGCUCCCACUGCCAGACUCCAAAGAUCCAGUCCAUCAGACGCAUCAGGCACUGAGAAGCAACCGAUGGGAACUGGCAACAGUAACGGCUCGGGCUAAAACCUGGUCGCUGCGCUUUAGGGGCCUGACUGUUGACGGCUGAACUCGGGGUUCGGUUCGGAGUUUAAGGCUUCAUCGGUCAGGACCGCAACUGCAACACAAACUGUUGGUGACGUAGCAGCUGCCUCUUUAUCCCGGCUCAUAAACACUCUUGUGUUAAGACUCAUUUUGCUUAAAGGCAAAUGAAAUAAAGCACAGAUUGAAAACCUGA